GAUAGAUUCCAAACCAACCCCUCGAAAAUAUCCUUUUGACUCACUCUCUCUCUCUCUCCACAUCCGAAACCGACUCCACUCCAUCCAAAUCUCACCAUUCAAUCAUUUCACAAAUCCCCUUUUCACUCACAAAUCCUUCAGAUCUGACGAUCAAACCACAAACAAUGGUCGUUAACAACCGGCCAUUCAAAAACAUGAAAAGGAGAGUAACCGCCGAUCUCAACGACUUUCUCACCUUCCCUUCCGCCGAACACGCCGCCGGUAAACCCUUCAGAACCACCGUACGCGAGUUUUUACUCCGCCACGCGCUGCUACCGCCGCCGUCCUCGGUCCUACCGCACCUGCUGACGUGGCAGGUAUUGUUUAGGGUUGGUGAACAGAACGGUGAUGAUUCGGUUUGUCUCGAUGUGGUGGAGGAAGAUGUGAUCAGAUCUAGAUCUGUUUAUUGUGAUCAGUGCCGAGUUGUUGGAUGGAGUGGGAACCCAGUAUGUGGGAAGAGAUACCAUUUCAUAAUAAAGGCUGAUGGGGCUUCCAUUGGUGCCUACAAUAAGCCAUGUGCUGCUUGUGGUGCUUUUCUUCAUUUGUCUGACCCAAGGUGCAAGUCAUGUAACCAUGUCAUGACUACUGAAGAUAUCGAGGAUUGGAUGUAUAACCAGUUGGAUUAUACCACUCAUCUGUUACAUGGUGUGGUCCAUAUGAACGGUUAUGGUCACAUCCUCCGUGUCAAUGGUAGAGAAGGCGGAUCUUGGCUCCUUUCAGGCCGUCAUAUCAUGGACUUCUGGGAUCGCCUUUGCAAAGUUCUUGGAGUCAGACAGGUGAGUGUUAUGGAUGUAUCAAAAAAGUACGGUUUAGAGUUCCGGUUGCUUCACUCAGUAAUUAAGGGUCAUCCAUGGUACGGUGAUUGGGGUUACGAGUUUGGUGGCGGAAGUUACGCGAUUACUCAUGAAGCGUACGAUAACGCAAUUGAAACCCUUGCAAACAUGCCAUUAUCUACCUUGUCUUCUCAAGGGCGUAAACCUAGAACACGUUUACACGACUUGAUUGCGUUUUACCAAUCAUUGUCGGAUCAGGAACUUGUAACUAGUAGAGAUCUUUUCCGUUACUUAACUACAUUAUUACAUGACGCGAACAAAAACCGGACAAUGGUUGAUUAUAGGACAGCCAAAAAGGUUAAAUCGAGUGAUUCGAGGGUGGUGUGUGUUUGGAACAUGAGUGAUAUUGUUCGUGUUGAAGAAGCAAUGUUUAGAGUGUUGAAAGCAGUUAGUGGGUCUUGUUGGGUGAGCUGGGGGUCCCUACGUGGGGCCGUUUGUCGAGUGGGCCGUCCUGAGCUUUUGGAUUAUUGUCUUAAGGAACUUAAAGGCAAACGGGCAGCUGAUGGGAUGGUGGUUAAUGCACGAUCUAAUCCGGAUUCCGGUACUCUUGAAUACAGGCUUGAACCUGGUAGCAGUAUAGAUUCGAGCGAUGACAUGAACAAUUGCGCACUCACAAGUUGCCCAUCUGAAGAUACGUUAAUGCGAGAUCUAAAAUACUUAUACGAAGCUCUCCUCCACCCUCAGUUAAUGGUAAAUUAUAUACCUUUAACAAAGAGGGGUACGAUGGUAAAUUCAGCUAGCAAAAUUCUAGAUUGCAAGCAGUUCGUGAAGAACUACCACCCGGAAAAGUCAUUUUCAGAAGCCAACCCGUAUUCCAUCAUACUGUCAUGUAAACCCGUACUCAGUGAACAAACCGAAGAAAAUAUUAUAAACGCACCUCCUGAACACGUAAUCCUCCCCCCUGAUGCGACUGUUCAGGACGUAAAAGUUGAAGUAUCAAAAGCUUUUCAAGAAGUUUAUUUGAUUCUGAGACGGUUUCAAGGGGAAGAGCUUGUUGAAUAUAGAGGUGUUGAUGAAUCCACCCAAAUCAAGCUUCUGGUCGGGUCAAACACGGAGACGGCGGUCAACGUUCUCGGGAAGUGUCUAGGGAAGAACGGGUUAACUAGGUUUAGAAUGGAACGAGGGGAGGAAACGUGGACGUUGGAUUGUAGCUGCGGGGCUAAAGACGAUGAUGGUGAGCGGAUGUUGGCAUGUGAUGUGUGUGGUGUAUGGCAACAUACGCGAUGCGCUGGUAUUCCUGAUUGUGACGUCGUGCCUGCGCAGUUUGUUUGCGGCAAAUGUGGUGGCGGCGGUGGUGAGAUUUGUGGUGGUGGCGACGGUGAUGUGGUGGAUUCGGUUAGGGAUGGUGGUGGUUUGCAUUUUAGUGGCUGAUUUUGUAUAUGUUACCGAUGGUUUUGUGUUAUUUUGGUGUAUGAGGCUUUAUAUGUUCUAAUGUGGAGUGAAAUGGUGUAAAUAUUUUAGGUUAGGAUUGAUUAGCCUCUAGAAUAAAACACUAGCCGUUGAUCUUCUUACCAUAUUAUCAGAAACAAAUUAAUAAAAAAAACUUUAAAGAGCAUGAAAA